GCAGUAGGCUACAGAGCAGCAGAGGAAACAGACGCGCACAAGUGAGGAGCUCACUGUCACAGUGAUCCAAACAGAACCGAACCAGAACAACUGGACAUAGAAUCGGCUCCCAGACAGGAGGAAAAGCUAUUUUAAACUUUGAAGUUUAUUUAUUUAUUUAUUUGGUUUUAUUUAUAUUUCUGCUGACUUAUGAAACCCAGGAUGUAGUUGUUGUUAUUUCCUGAUUUCAUUUUUAACGUGCAGUAGAAGACUGAAUUGUCACUUCUAACAAAAGUGUGAAGAAGAAAGAAAGAAAGCAGCUGGGGAGAAAUGGAGAAAUCAAACGGCUUUUCUUCAGAUCGAAACAUCCUGUGUCUGUUUGACGUGGACGGAACACUGACAGCACCCAGAGAAAAAAUCGACCCAAAGCUGGAUGAGUUCUUCCAGACUUUAAGGAGGAAAGUGAAGAUCGGCAUCGUUGGAGGGUCAGACUACCCCAAGAUAGCAGAGCAGCUGGGAGAGGGAGACGAUGUGAUUCACAAGUUUGAUUAUGUGUUUGCUGAGAAUGGAACAGUUCAAUACAAAGAUGGUCAACUCCUCUCAAAGCAUGCGAUCCAGAACCAUCUUGGAGAGGAGCUGCUGCAGGAUCUGAUUAACUUUUGCCUCCGAUACAUGGGGCUCAUUAAACUGCCAAAGAAAAGGGGGACUUUUAUCGAGUUCAGGAAUGGAAUGAUUAACAUUUCACCCAUCGGUCGCAGCUGCACGCCGGAGGAGAGAAUAGAGUUUUCUGAAAUCGACAAGAGGGAGAAGAUCCGGGAGAAAUUUGUUGCUGCCCUGAAAAAGGAGUUUGCUGGGAAGGGGCUGCGUUUCACUAAAGGUGGACUUAUCAGCUUUGAUGUUUUCCCUGAGGGCUGGGACAAGCGGCUGUGCUUAAAUCUGCUGGAAAAUGAAGGCCUGGACGCCAUCUACUUCUUUGGCAAUGAGACCUCAGAUGGAGGAAACGACUAUGAAAUCUUCAACGACCCAAGGACGAUUGGUUUCACGGUGUACUCUCCCGAACACACAGCCCGGCUCUGCCGAGAACUGUUCUUCGAGGCCUCCCCACGUCUCAUCACGAUACCUUCAACCAAAAACGCGUCUGAACUGGAGGGAAACAUGAAGAUUGACCGCAGGCUUUUAAUGAACUGUUAAACUGUAUCACUACUGAUCUCCCCCUGUUUCAUGUCUGAAUGAACUGCUGAAGGAUUGAUUUUAUUUAAUGAGAUGGACAGCCGACUUGGAAGUGUAUAUUAUUGCUCUGUUAACCACUUUACCAGAAGCGAUGUUUGACUACUGUGAUAAGAAGCGUGUAAACCUUGAAAUUAACCCCAAAUCAACAGGAAUGUUUUUUUCCAGCUUGCUUUGGGCAUGAAGCGACAUUUUGCACUAAAGUGGAGUUCCUUGUUUUCCUGGAAAUUCUGUCAGUGCAAUACGGAACAAGGAUGGAAGACAGAUUUAAUCAUGUGAUGAGCUUGUGGAAAAAGGGACAUCUCCACUUUUAAAGUUUGAAAUACUCCAAAGGGACAUUUACAUUCCAUUUACAUUUAAUUUUCAAACCGUAUCUUUUUUUUUUUUAGGUUAACUUUUGAACCAUCUGUUGUCUGAUAUUUGCAUUAACCUUUUAAAAGCCCUGAAAAUGAUUGGAAAUUCUUUUUUUGUGUGUUUGCUGAGGGUCUUUGAAUUAAUCUAAGGGAACAUUUAGGAGAUUUAAAGGGAAGGUUUGGUUUUUUUAAGAAGUCUGUUGGGUGGUUUGAAGGGUUUAUAUCUUACCUGAUCUUGAAAUGCAAUGUUUAUCUCGUAAAAUGAAGCACCAUGACCCAGAUUUUUCUGAAUAAGAGGUUAUUCUAUUACACAGGCUAACACGGUCUGAGUGGAAGUUUAACUUAGAUAACCAUUUAAUGCUGAAGUUUGUCUGUGUUUAAUGGAGCUUUAGCUGGAAUUUACAUUUUUUUUUAUUUUAAGAGUAAUAUAUAACAGGUAAGAUUUUUCUGCUUUAAGCCUGUAACAGAACCCCAGCUUCAAAAGAUCUGAACUUUUACCUUUUUAACUAGCAUACCGUCCAAAAGGUCAUAGGCCACUCCUUACGUCAAUGUCUUGCAUUUUUUUACAUUUUUGGACUGAACUUUGUAGAACUCUUUUGUCUUGUUCAUUAAUUAAGACAUUUGUUGGUUAAGAAUUCCCAAAGAAGCCCAGCAUGAUGCAGAUAAUAUAAUUUUUGUACAAUAUAUGACAUUUUCAAUACAAUUAAACAACUGAAAUAGAUUGGAAGAUAAAAUCCAAUCUGGCUUAAGACCAUCUUAAUAAAUUAAACAUUUUUUUUUAGAAAUUUUGCACAGUUUUAGAUGUUUAAAUAAUAUGUCUAUGUUUAAUAUAAUGUCUGAGUGAAGGAAUCCAUCUCGAUAAGUGAACUGAGUUCUAGUGUCAAUAUAUCGACUUUUAAGAAAAAAAAAUGUAUCAAUUAUCACCUCCAUGUUAGUAUUUGAUUGAUAAAGUAUCAAAUUUUGCACAAAAUAAAUGUCAGUUAUACAAAGUUUCCAAAUUCUAAGAAACCAAAUUUCUGAGCUUGAGAGCAUUUUAUGAAGUGCAGCUGUGUUUUUCCACUGUUUUAAGUGAUUUUAUCUGAAUUAAUCAUAAGAUUAUUCUUGUUUUUUGUGAGGGAACAUAUAAUCUGACCAUACACACUCCUUCAAGCUGAGGGGCUACAGUCAACUUAAAUGGAAAACUGACAGUUCUUGUAACGCAUCUAUGGAGGUCACUGUAAGAUACUUCUUCUUGGUUUGUAAUUCCAGUUGUGGAAAAAAAAAUGGCAGACCUAAUGUAUUAAAUCCUCUUUUUAUUUCA